GCAGAGAAAAAAAGAGAGUGGGCGGGAUCCAACGGACAGGCAGGCGCUCUGGCCAAUCGCCGCUCGGGAAAACCUCCAGCCAUUCAGGGAGCCGGCUUGGAGAGCUACGGACCAAUCAGGGCGCCGUCUCCUUCCUCAGCGUUCGAUCGUAGUAGCCGGGUCCCAGCUUGCGGGAUCGCAGUCCGGGCGGCAGCAACAGCAGCAGGCAAGGCGUCUGAUGCGUCCGCGAACAAAGGCAGCUGUGCGCAAUCGGGACUAGCAGCGUGCGCAGUCAGCCAAAGGCGGACGCGAGGAAAGGAAGCCGAGCGCUCUGCGGUAAUUGGUGGUGCAACGCCGGGCUCGCUCCGCAGCUGGAAGCGCAGGAUCGGCUGGUUUGCGGGUCCCGGAUCUUGGUCCCCCCAUUGCCAAGCAGAUCUCCGGGAAAAGAGGCGAGGGGGAUCCCGAGCAAACGGGGACAACAAAGGAGGGGAAAGGAGAAGGCAACGUGCGCUUGGCUUCGCCCCACCAGAUCGCCGCUCUUCUUCCCUCCUCCUCCACCCCCAGGAAAGGACUGAUCCUGCCGGGGCUCGGAUCUCCGGCAAAGUUCGCCCGACGAGGCAUCCCGGCCGGCGGAUCGGCGCUCUUCCCAUGCGCAGAGGGGAACCCGGAGCAGCGCUCGCCAUGCGCUCGGCUCUGCUGCCGCUGCUGUUGCUCGGCGUAAUCUCCUCCUGCAGGGGAACUACCACAGCUGGAACCAUGAGUGGCACGUCGGCGACGCCCACAAGCAGUGCUAAGUCCACCACCUUAACCCCCGGAAGUACCGCUCCUCCACCAGCAAAUGUGCCGAUCCUGAAGACCACCGUCUCUGCUACUACAGCCAAAAGCAGUGUCUCGACAACUGCAGGAAGCCCCCCACUGAGUACGACUGCAGGGACCAUUAAUAAACCCACAGACACAACUUCAAGUGGAGUCAAGGGGUCUCCUGUCGCCAUAGCUACAUCAGUGGCUGUAACCACCCCCAAACCACCCUCUGCAACUGUAGCGGCGUCGACCAAAACUACAUCUGCGGCCCCCCAAGAGACGACGACGUCCUUGACAGGCGUUGGGCCAAAAGCAGUGGCCUCGACGCCACACUCUGGCGUUGUGACGACAAGUGCCCCGACUCUGAAGCCAGGCAGUUCAGCAGCUGUUGUCACUCCAGGGAAGAGCCCAGGCACCACGCCAGGUUCAGGAAGCGUCACCACUGUUGCUUCUACAACAGAGAAAUCUACAACCAAGGCCGUCGUCCCUGCUGCAACGCCCACAGAGAAGCCAAAGAAAGCCGAGUCAACAACGAGAACGGCGACAACGAAAGAACUUGGGGGGACGGCGGGUAGCACAGCCACACAUACGGCGGGAGCGGCUCCACCACCGCCCAGUUCAAGUUCUGGGACUUCAGUCACAAGGAAGACCCCCUCAGCCUCUCCGCAGCCCCCCGUUGCGUUUCCCGAUACUUCUUUCGUAGCCCAGACCAAGAUUGUUUGUGAAAAAGCGGUGCCACCAGAAGACCAGGCAAUCAUUUUGACCUUGAACCAAUCCACGCCAUGUAACAGUUUGGAGGAGAGCGCCGCGAAAGAGGCUCUCUUGAAUGUCCUCUGCAAAGCGGUGAAGCCCACCUUCAACCAGAGCCGGGAUGGGUGUUUGGCGAGGCUGGCUUCCAAAGACGACCCCAAGUACUUGGCUGUCCUCGAGGUGGCUGUGUUGACAAACUCUGCAGAUAAGGAGCUGUUUGAGUCUUUGGCGGCGAAGAUGGAAGAGCUGGAAAAGAUUGGAGUGAAGAACAUCACCCACGGCGGCAGGAGCAGGGACCCCGACAUAGAGGACCGCUUCAGCAUGCCUCUGAUCAUCACCAUUGUCUGCAUGGCUGCCUCUCUGCUACUUGGCGCCGCCAUCUAUGGCUGCUGCCACCAACGCCUCUCCCAAAGGAAGGACCAGCAGCGCCUGACCGAGGAACUUCAGACGAUGGAGAACGGUUACCACGACAACCCGACCCUGGAGGUGAUGGAGACCUCCUCGGAGAUGCAGGAGAAGAAGGUCAACCUGAACGGGGAGCUUGGAGACAGCUGGAUCGUCCCCAUGGACAGCCUAACGAAAGAGGAUCUGGAGGACGAAGAGGACACGCAUUUAUAAUUGUUUGGGGCUUUUUGUUUCGUUUUUUUAAAGAGAGAACGAACUUUGUGCUAAGCGAAAAUUUCGAAAACACAGAAAACUCAAAACUUGCAGCCACAAGUGCCGACAUGCAGAAGAGGCCUCGCAGUUAUUGGGCGAGAGGAUUUGUCAAGGGGGCAUCUGCCGUGGCCAAAUCCUUUUUGUUUUGUUGGUUUGGUUUUGUUUUCUAAAAUCCCAUUAGCUUUCUAAGCAAAUUCUAUGUGUUGGUGUGUGUAUAUGUGUACAUAUAUAUAUAUUUUUAAUGACUGUGCCUCCUAUUUAAGUGUUGAGCAGGGCAGACAGGAGAUUCUCCCGCUCCCUUCCCCCUCUGGAUGCCAAGGGACCAUGAGAGCAAGGCUGGAUGUGAUGCUCAUUUUAACAGGAGCCAAGGUUCUAGUCAUCAUGGCUGCAGAGAACAAGGUGGGAGCGCCUGUUCAGAGGACAGAGUUGGAGCUUAACUUCUGCUGUUUGCAGGCAGCUUUGCAAGGCAUCGCUCCCUCACGGUUAGCGGCCGCAGGGGGGCGCAUUAUGCAAAAACUCAACCAGAUAUGCAAAACCCGAGGUGCAUUGGGCUCCUGCGUACAGGAGACUCUGAAUAUUGGCAACAGGGCACAGCUAAAAAAGGCUGUCUCUCUCUACCUGCCCCACCGCAGGUCAUCCUAUCACUCCACUUGUUUUCUCCACGCAUUAAAAAACAUUCUCCCGAUCUUCGUAGGUCAGGAUCAGGCCAUUAACUAGCCCAUUCCAGUACGUAAGCAUUUUGCAACAGCUGGCGCCUGCAGUGAAUCUGUGCCAGCCAUGCAAGGAGGAUUCAGGUUUUUUUGCAUUCUUCCUGUAGAAUGCAAAUUUGGGGGCGGGGUUUUUAUGUGUGUAAGAAUGAAGCACCGCAAAACCCAAACGGGCUACGACUGGAGCAUUAGCCCAGUGGCACAACUUCAGAUUUCAGGAGAGAGAUUUGUAUGCAGGAACAUAGGAGCUUGCCUUAUACUUGACUAGAAGACACUGGGCUCAUCUAGCUCAAUACUGUUCUACACUGGCCGGCAGUGAUUCUCCAGGGUUUGACCAGUUUUACCUGGAGAUGUCGGGGCAUCGCACCUGGGACGUUCUGCAUGCAGAGCAGAUGUCCCACCGCUAAGCUGUGGGCCGUCGCCUUGUACAUGGGAGCCAGGCAAAGCUCGCAGCAAGGUUUAUAGGCCCACUUUGAAAACUGUUCCAAGACUAAAUAUCAAAAAGAAAAAAAGAGGAGAGGAUGUAAUAUGCAUUGAGCUAAAGGGAUCAGCAUUAAUCUGCGCACUUCUCCUUCCAAGAGCAUCUCAUUUUUUUCUUCUUAAUAAUAGCUAUAGCAAUAUUUAGUCAAUGCAAGUUGAAACAGCCACCCGUUGCUUUUAUCAAAAGAGAAGGUGGAGGGUUUUGUGCCUUUGACAUGCAUGGUUGAUCCAUAAACCCAUUUAAUGGUGCAAUUUAGGGUGUAAAGCUACUGAGUGAGCUAACUUGGAUGUGCAAUAGGGGAUCUUAGCUGUGGGGGUCUGAAACAGUGGAACGUUUGCAAAGGGAAGCUUGUAUCUCUGUGGAAAGGGAAUUUGAUGAUGGCCCAAAGCCUUUCAUGCUCCCAAAUUUGCCCUUUUUU